AUGGGUUGUGGACCUUCCCAACCUGUGGAAGAGCAGAGACGCGUUCCUACGCCCAGGAAGGGCUGGGAGAAGGAGGUCAAGGCUGAUGUUGGUGAGACUAAUUCUGAGGACAAUGGCAAACUCCAGGUUAAAGCUGCACUGCCCAAGGACACUGUGGACAGUGCAGAAGGCCUGGAAAAACGGGCUCAGAUGGGAAGUUUACCCGGAACCAUUCCAGAAAGUUCCCCAUCUCCUAGUGAAACAAACAGAAAAGUACAUUCAGACCUGGUGCCCAGUGGAUUAAUCAGUAAACCCCAGCACCUGGAGACUCGAGAACGGCAAAAGUCAUCAGACAUCCUGGAGGAGCUAAUUGUUCAAGGAAUAAUACAAAGCCACAGUAAAGUUUUCAGAAAUGGAGAAUCAUACAAUGUCAUGGUGAACACCACUGAGAUGCCACUGAGAAAGCCACCAGCCAGACUGAAAAAACUUAAGAUCAAAAGGGAAAUGAAAGACUUCUCCAUGAAGGACAUAGAUGAGAAGAUGCAGGCAGUGGAGGAGCGCGGGAAGACUAAAGAAGAAGAAAUAAGAAAAAGACUACUAAGUGACCGACUCUUGCCCCCAGGUCAUCGGUCAGAUUUAGUGGAACUGGGUGGGGCUGACUUUCCAUUUGCCAAAGGACUUAAAUCUGUGAGCUCUGCUGUACUUGAACCGUCUGACCUGCAAGGAGAGCAGCUGAAAAGGAAGAAGAGCAAAAGUGAGGCAACCUCAAGUCACUUAAGCUACAGUUACGAAAGUAUUGGGGUCUUGGAGUCAGACAUGUCCUACAACCAAGCAAAUGACAUAUUCUAA